AUGUGUCUCAACAUCGUCACUCAUACGUUGGUCUGCGAUGUUCGUCCGGUGAUGCCUCACCCCUUGACGCCGUCUACAAUCGUCAUCGACCCUUUUACAGCGCCCCAAGGAACGUGCUGCGAUUUCACAUCCGCGCCGAGCGACCCUUCUCGGUGCCCUGUUCACGGAUGUUGCGAGGUCGCAGUCCGAUCGUUCCCCUGUGACUGCGGCAGCAUCGUCGAAUACCACCGCUACGAGCGCGCCGCUCCCUCAUCAGAAACCACUACACAGUCAGCCCCAGGACCUCGUCAAGAGGUCUGGCGAGAGAUUCAGAGUCUCGAUGAAGUCCUUACCGGGAGCGCCAAAGACUAUCCUCUGGCAUCUGAAGAGGUGCGGAUAGCACGUCGUGGUAUGCGGUUCAGAGGGGCGGACCUCGGACCAAAGGCCAGGGAAUUGACGAGCGCCGUAAGCAACAGAGACCUCCAAGAGCAGAAGCUGAAGAACGGCUGUCCUCUAGGGCCUGAGUUCAAGGAAGCUUGCGAGCGGGUAAAUUGUCUGGAAAUGGAGGCUCUGCAGCACAGGUUCAAGGCAGCUUGCGAGAGGGUAGAUCGUUUGGAGGUCGAGGCUCGGCAGCUUAGGGCUGAUUACUUUGCGUGGAAAUGUGCGAAAGAGGGACUCGAGAACCAGGA